GUGGCAGUGGCAGUGAUAAAUUUCUAAAGCACAACCGUGUGCAUUUCCUAAAUCCCCUUUUCCAUUUCAGUACUGUUUUAUCUAGGUUUAUAAUGACACGACAGCUUUCAUUGACUUGUAGUGGACACACAAGACCUGUCGUUCAUCUCUCGUUCUCAGACAACACAUCGUACGGCUACUUUCUUAUAAGUGCUUGUAAAGAUGGAAAACCUAUGUUACGUCAAGGUGAAACAGGUGACUGGAUUGGUACAUUUGAGGGGCACAAAGGUGCAGUUUGGGAAGCCACUUUGAACAAUGACGCAAGUAAAGCUGCUACUGCUGGAGCUGAUUUUACUGCGAAAGUAUGGAAUGCAAUUAGUGGAGAGGAAUUAGUGACUCUUCAACACAAACACAUAGUGAAAACUGUGGAUUUCUCUGAGGAUUCUACACAGCUUUUAACUGGAAGCAAUGAAAAGGUCUUGAGACUUUUUGACCUCAAUAAUACAAAUUCAGAUCCAGAUUUUUUACAUGGUCACAAAGGAAACAUAAAAUCGGCCGUAUUACAUUCUAGCGAGCAAAAAAUAUUUAGUGGAGGUGAUGAUAAAAUAAUGAGGUUUUGGGAUGUGCGGACGAUGAAGGAGUUCAAGACCUUAGAAACUGGACAUAGUGUGUCAAGUAUGGAGAUCAGUAGAGAUGGUAGUAUUUUAGUGGUGACCUAUGGCAACGAAGUGUCCUUUUGGAACACUAGCAGUUGCGAGAAAAUAAAGUCAUUCGAAUGUCCAUGUGAUAUGUACUCUGCAUCUCUUCAUCCGGACAAAUCGUGUUUUGUAGCAGGAGGAGAAGACUUUAGGCUGUUUAAGUUUGAUUACGAAACUGGUAAAGAGUUAGAAUCAUACAAAGGUCAUUUUGGUCCAGUCCACUGCGUUCGUUUCUCGCCAGACGGAGAGCUGUAUGCCUCGGGUUCUGAGGACGGAACACUAAGACUGUGGCAAAACACUGUGGGGAAAACAUACGGUUUGUGGAAAUCUUUAAAUGCAGAAGAGCGUAAUGGGAACGAGAACGGAAAAGUAUGAUCAUAGUGUGUUGUCCAUAUAUGGUAAUGUUUGUGAAGGUCAGUCAGCCGCAGGCGGAACUAAGAAUGGUUCAACUGUAAAAUUGGUUCCAUUUUUACAUGUCAUCGGUGACUUUUAAACCUGUGAUCUAUGGGACGAAUUUUAGGCUCGACUGAUGCCUAAAUUUCGCACGUCUUUUUUUAAACCUCGGACGUUUUAUUUUUUACUGGAGUGUAAUGCAGAAAAUGUUUGUCGAACAGGUUGAAAUAUUUUCAACUACAAAGCAUGUCUAGAUUUUCAACUACAAAGCAUGUAUAGUCACAUCUCGUCUCAUACAGUAGCGAAAACAAUUGAAAGGACGAAGCAUUCGUAGUUGCGCCAUUCUAUAAUUAAGGCGACCUUACAUCGCGUAGUAGUUGAGCAAAUUAAUUAUCGAUAAUUUUGAAAGUUGAAUUUUAUUAAAAUCUACUACAUGAUA